AUCAGUUACGAGUUGCCCGCGAAAGCGUUAACAAGUUCCCAACGGAUCGAGCGCACAACAACCACCACCAACCACUCACUCUCUCUCUCUUAUUUUUACUACACCGCCGAGAGUGUGUGUUUCGUGUGCUUCGCUUCUCUCAGUUGCGUCGCUGCCAGCAGCUCCUUCAUUAAAAGAUAUGUAAGCAAGGCUUAAAAAGCAACAACAACGCGUGUGUGUCGUGGCUGUGUGACAGCGUUUGCAUACAAAAAGCAACAGCAACAGCAGCUUCAAGCAGAGCAGCAGCCAGCAGCAGCCAGCAGCAGCAGAAGCAGCAGAAGAAGAGGAGGCGAAAGAAGAGCAGCAAAAACAAGCGUACACUGAAAGGGAAUCUAUUUGCCUUAACAAACGCCAUAAUGUCGACACCAACAACACCGAAGACACCCACACCACCCACAUUGCCGCCGGGUUUGACCAAGACCUGUCACAUAGUGAAGCGACCCGAUUUCGAUGGCUAUGGCUUCAACCUGCACUCGGAGACGGUGAAGCCGGGACAGUUUAUCGGAAAGGUGGACGCCAAGUCGCCGGCAGAGUCUGCUGGCCUCAAGGAGGGCGAUCGCAUCCUGGAGGUGAACGGUGUCUCCAUUGGCAGCGAGACACACAAGCAGGUGGUGGCCCGGAUCAAGGCGAUUGCCAACGAGGUGCGCCUCCUGCUGAUCGAUGUGGAUGGCAAGCCCAUAAAUGUGUCGCCGCCCUCGCCAUCGGCCCUUUCCAAUUGCAGUGAACCAACGAAUGGCAAUGGCAAUCUGAGCACGCCGCCGCCACCAUCGGCCGCGGUGGCCUCCAUGAACAGCAACGGGAAUGUGUACAGCAGUUCCAAUGGCAACACAAAUGGCUUGGACUCGCCCACAGCCUCGCCCACACCCACAGCCAUGACAGCGCGCCAGACAACAGCUCCUAUGACGGCGGCUGCGGGAGCGGCAGGAAACCGGGCGGGCAGCCUGAACCUCCCACUGACGGUGGCCGAGAUGCGGGCCAAGCUUGCCUCCAAGAAGAAGUACGAUCCGAAGAACGAGAGCGUCGACCUCAAGAAGAAGUUCGAGAUCAUCCAGAAGCUCUGAGCGGCGUCCCCGAAAGCCACCCGUACUUGUUAUAACUUUACACGAAGCAAACAACCGAAAACGGUUCGUCACGAGGAGCAGCUGCAGGAGGAACAUAUAUAAUGUUUAACUAUUUAGUACGAGUCACUUAUUAACUAAGCAAGUUUUUAAUUAUUAUCCAUUAAGCAGGCGCGAUAAAGGACAGCGCUAGAGAGAAGGCACUUUUGACGUAGAAAAGCCAAGAGAAUAUGUACCAUAUACACAUAUAUCCACGAUAUACGAUACAGACAUCUUUUCAAGCUAUAAUAUUUUGCAUUGUAGUUCAUUGAACAACUUUACGUUGAAUAUGUAUUUAGUUUUGCGUAUUUUUUCCACAGUAAAUAAAGCAAAAUUAAAAAAAGAA